AUGGCCACUCGAAGAAUGCAACUGCUCAAAAUGGUGCAACGAAGCACAAGAGUCCAAAUGAAAACCGAAUGUCAAACCAGCAGCGUGCGAUUGUUCGCGUCGGUAUCCCAAGGCGGAGAGGAAUAUGUUUCACCAUUUCAAGAGAUUUUCAACACAAUUGAAGAAGGCAAAACAUUCUUGGGGAGCAAAGAAUUCAGAAUACCCGAAACCAAAACUCUCAAGUGCGGUGUCCCGGAACACGUUCUCCGAUUCAAAACCACAACCUACGGAAGAUUGCUGGAGGAACCGUACGUCCGACCCAAUGAACACAGAAUCACUCUACAAGUUCCAGUUUCGCACAUUCCACUUAACGAGAUUGAAGAAAUUGCUCUGAGGGAAAUUGUAGGAACUCGACUCAAUGAGGAGACUGGUAUUUUGCGAUUGAGCUCGGCGCAAUUUGGUAGCCGCAUUGAAAACAAGAGACAUGUGGUCUCGAUGCUAGACCGCAUCGUGGAAUCCACAAAGUCCUUGGCAGCCAAAGUGCAGGCCGAAAUGGGAGCAGAAGAAACUGUCAAGGCCUAA